CGGCUCCUGGCCGUGCUCUUUCCCGGCUGGCCCGCCCCGAGCGCCCUCAUGUUCCUGACGCUGCUCGGUGUCGCCUUGCUGGCUGGUUAUUUACCAGGUCGGCGUCAUCCCCAGCCAGUACUAUGAGGUCCUAGGGAACAAGGACUUCUCCGGGUUCAAAACAUUGACUGCCGUUGCCGUGACUCUGAUCAUUGUGAACUCCACGCUAAAAAGUUUCGACCAGUUUAUCUGCAACAUGAUGUAUGUGAACUGGAGGAAAUCCCUCACUGAAUACCUCCACAGCUGCUACUUCCAAGGCCAGAUCUACUACAGCCUGCACGUGCUGCGUGAGGACAUCGAUAACCCGGACCAGCGCAUCAGCCAGGAUGUGGAGAGGUUCUGCAGGCAGCUCAGCUCCAUGGCCAGCAAGCUUGUCAUCUCACCCUUCACACUGGCCUACUACACAUACCAGUGCUUUCACAGCACAGGCUGGCUAGGCCCGGUGAGCAUCUUUGGGUAUUUCGUCAUUGGGACAAUGAUUAACAAAGUGUUGAUGAGCCCAAUUGUGUCUAAACUUGUGCAGCAGGAAAAACUGGAGGGAGAUUUCAGGUUCAAGCACAUGCAGAUCCGUGUCAAUGCAGAACCAGCUGCUUUCUACAGGGCUGGGCGAGUGGAGCACAUGCGCACAGACCGGAGGCUGCAGAGCCUGCUGAAGACCCAGAGGGAGCUGAUAGGCAAGGAGCUGUGGCUAUACAUUGGGAUCAACACCUUUGAUUAUCUGGGCAGCAUCCUGAGCUACGUGGUCAUUGCCAUUCCCAUCUUUUCUGGGGUCUACGGCGACCUGAGUCCAACAGAGCUCAGUGCCCUUGUCAGCAAGAAUGCCUUUGUUUCCAUCUACCUCAUUGGCUGCUUCAGCCAGCUCAUAGAUCUCUCCAGCACUGUGACUGAUGUAGCUGGCUACACACACAGGAUUGGUGAACUGCAGGAGACCUUGCUGAGCCUUGGCAGAAAAAAAAAUGGUAACUACUCAGAAGCCAAAGUCAGCUGUGAUUUGGACAGCAGCCCUUCUGGGGAGGACCCAGUGCCAAGAAACACAGCUUUCCUUCUGGAGCGAGUGACACUCUCAGUACCAUCCUCUGGCAAGCUGCUCAUCAAGGACUUGAGCCUCAGGAUCUCACAAGGAAACAGUGUGAUGAUUGUGGGAAACACUGGUACAGGGAAGACGUCUCUCUUGAGGGCCCUUGGAGGACUCUGGGAGAGCACACGGGGGAGCAUCAGGAUGCUGAGCUGCUUUGGCCCCCGAGGAGUGGUGUUCCUACCACAGCGGCCCUUCUUCACUGAUGGAAGCCUGCGUGAGCAGGUGAUCUAUCCCCUGAAGGAGAUCUAUCCACUUUCAGGGUCUGCAGAUGAUGAGAGGAUUGUGCGAUUCCUGGAGCUGGCUGGGCUGACUGAUUUGCUGGAAAGGGCUGGAGGACUGGAUGAACAGGUGGACUGGAACUGGUAUGACAUCCUGUCCCCAGGGGAGAUGCAGAGGCUCUCAUUUGCACGGCUUUUCUACCUCCAGCCAAAAUAUGCAGUGUUAGAUGAAGCCACCAGUGCCUUGACAGAAGAGGUGGAGCAUGAACUGUACCGAACGUGCCUUCAGCUGGGCAUGACACUGAUCAGUGUGGGACACAGACCCAGCCUGGAAAAGGUGAGACAGGGAGGCAGCACUCCAUUCCUCCCUCAUGGUGGAGAGGUAAAGCAGGUCUCUGGUGAGCAGAGGGGAGUGACUAAGGCUGGAGGACCUCACUGUGGGUGGACAUCCCUCAAUGUUGUGCUAUUGAAUUGCAGUUCCACAGCUGGAUUUUGAAGCUUCAUGGGGAGGGAAGAUGGGAGCUCAUGCGAUGUGAGAAGAUGAGGCGGCUCCCCUCUGAGGAAGAACACUGAAAAACAUGCCCUUGUCUGGCCAGCCACAGAACCUGCACACGUGUGGAAGAGCUCUCAAUAGCAGACAUGGAGCUGCCAAGCCAGCAGCUGUGCCAAACAGUGCAAGACCAGUUCUGGAUUUUGCUGAUAGACACAGAGUAUGUCUGAACUCAUGGUGUGGAGUUCUGCCAAGAAUAGACAACUAUGCCAUCCUUCUCCCAGCCUCCUCCUGCCUCCCUGGCUCUCAUGGGAGAAAGGAGGUGAGCUGCUGGGCCUCCCUGAGAGAAGAUGCUGCCUCAUGGGUCUUGUAGAAACAGUAGCCAGAGAUCCCUCCACUUUGUCUGUCUGGGAUUCAUUGGUGUGAGGCUAGAAUGCAGCCUCCUUUGCUGCCCUCUGUGCUUGCUAGGAGCUCUGCAGAACAGAUUUAUGUACCUUGUGGCUCUGUUGAGAACUGUGUUUUCCAGCAGGAGACAAGGGGAGGAGAAUGCUAGCACAGAGAAUGGGCAUGUCUCUGCUCUUCUUCUAACACAUGGCUACAAGUGGAAGGAACAUUUUUGUAUUAAAAUCUGGGGCCAGUUUUCAAACUCUUUUUAUGGAGAAGAGUCAACUAUUUGUUAACCGGACUGUUGCGUGUUUUUUUUCUGGGGUUUGCUUUGGAGGAGAUGUUUGUAUAUUGGCAAUGGUCCUGGACAAGACUAUUGCUAAAGAGCAGAGCAGAGGUAGGAGUAGUAUCCUUGUCCAGGACUGGAUAUCCUGCCUGCUGCUACCUCUGCAGCUACUGCAAGGCACAAGGAACCUCAAGGGCUUUUUGCCCUCUGUUUUCAUGGAAUGAAAUAGCUUGUCUCCUCCUACUCUUCUACCUAUGAUGAGUCAUGUUCUCUAUCUACAUGGGUGUAUGGAGACGGGUUUUGAAGGUCUCUUGCAUUGUGGAGAGGUCACUCUAAGACUGCAGUGGAGGUGUGAUCUGACAAC